CUGGACAGCUAAUUUUGUUAGGACAGAGGACUGAAUGUACUUUCACAUCAAACCAAGCAGAAUCCAGCAUUUUGUGUUGUAAAACUGUAACAAAUGGGAAAUUAUGUCAGCUGAUCUUUCACUUGAGAGUCACACUUCAACAACAGAUCUUUUGUAUUAUCCCAUAGAUAAAACAUAUCCUCCCAUCCAGUGUAGGUUUACUGUGGAGAGUCAGUUCUUUCAACAGCACACCAGAUUGUGCACAUACCAGUGACUAAACGACCAAUAACUCAGAAUUUGGAAAUACUUUGAACUGAAGAAAUGCCAAUAGAAAAUGGAGAUGAAUACCAACUUUUACUUAUUAAAAACAUUGAAGAUUCUAAGGAAAUAUUAAAGGUACGUUGUCAGUAAAAAAAAUUUUUGUCAAACUCAUAGACACCAAGGAAUGGCAAAAAGAAACAUAGUGCUUAUAAGGAAUCACAUUUUCAUUAAGAUGAAUGAAAAACUUUUUUGUCUUCUGUUUUAUUUGCAGUUUCCAAACAAAUUCCUUCUGUUGGCGCUUUGUGCUGCAUGUAUCGGGGGAACGUUUCAGUUUGGAUAUAAUGUUUCCAUCAUCAAUGUGCCCACUGUGUAUGUACAGGAUUUCAUCAACCAAACCUGGAGGACACGUUAUGAAACGGACAUAUCACAGAACGUUGUCACCUUGCUGUGGUCCACGAUUGUAUCUGUCUUCACCAUAGGAGGCUUCUUAGGAGCACAUGUUGGAGGAACAUUGUCUGUGAAGCUGGGGCGGAAGGGGACACUGUUGGCCAAUAAUAUAUUUUCAUUAAUGGCUGCACUGCUGAUGGGUCUGAGUUACCCAACUGGAGUUUAUGAACUUCUCAUCGUUGGGCGUCUUUUUGCCGGAAUAAAUGCAGGCAUUGGUCUUCUUGCUCAGCCUCUGUAUUUGGGUGAAAUUGCUCCAACUUCUCUUCGUGGUGCCAUGGGAAUGGGAACCUCUGUUUUCAUUACUGGUGGGAUCUUGACUGGACAAGUGCUGGGUUUAAGAGAGCUUCUGGGCAAAGAAGAACACUGGCCUAUUCUGCUCUCCACCACAUGUAUCCCAGCAUUGUUGCAGCUUGUGAUCCUGCCCUGGUUCCCGGAGAGCCCAAGAUAUCUACUUAUUGACAAAGAAGACGAUGAGGGGUGUAAAAGGGCCCUGAAGUAUUUGCACGGCAUGGAAAACUACAUUAGUGAGAGGGAGGAAAUACUGAAGGAGAAGUCUGUUUUAGCAGGAUUUCAAGCCAAGAAACCAUGGGAGCUGUUUUUCGACCGCAGUCUGCGUUGGCAGCUUCUCACCAUCGUGUUGCUCAACAUGGCUCAACAGCUGAACGGCAUCAACGCUAUUUACUUCUAUGCAAAUUAUGUGUUCAAACAAGCUGGUAUUCCCAAUGAUAACAUAUCGUACGCAACCAUCGGUACUGGUGCCUGUGAAUGCAUCACUGCUCUAACUUGUGGCAUGCUUAUUGACUGUCUGGGAAGGAAAGUCCUCAUCGGUGGAGGAUACACCCUGAUGAGUAUCUGUUGUAUUUUAUUCACUCUGACACUUACAUUUCAGAAUGCCAGCUGGAUUGUCCCAUACUUAAGCAUGGCUUGCAUUUUUGCUUUUAUUUUGAGUUUUGGGUUAGGCCCAGGUGGUGUAACAAACAUCUUGACCGCAGAACUGUUCACACAGACAGCACGUCCUGCAGCAUACAUGAUCUCAGGCUCAGUGAACUGGGUCAGCUUCUUCUUCAUCAGCCUUGUCUUCCCUUUCAUUGUGGUUGGGUUGCAGCAGUACUGUUUUCUGGUGUUUUUGGCUGUGUGCUCUUUGGCUGCGUUGUACAUAUUCCUUUUUGUUCCUGAAACAAAGAACAAAACAUUCUUAGAAAUUCAAAAUGAGCUUCAGUCCAGAAACAAGAGAAAGGUCUCCGCUGUUGACAUCACAGGGAAGAUACUGUUGUCAGAAUCUUUGUGAAACAUCUCUCUAAAGACAGGAUUCUUGCAAAGUAAAUCAAUUUUGUGGAUGAAAAUUUGUCAUGGAAAAGAAAAUAGAUCACAUUAGGAAAUGUAGCAUAAUAAUGAAUUAUAGCAAGAGUUUAGAGAUGUAGUGAGUAAAGAAAUGUAACAUGCAAUUUUUGGUUUAAUAUGUUUUGUGUGCAAAAAUGUCUGAAAAGUACAGGUGCUGUUUUGACAUUUCUCAGGGAAUAUCAACUAAUUUUAAACAUUGUGACAAACAUGAACACAUCAGCCCAAAGUGAAUUCUUCAGGUUAGAAUUAUUGGCAUUCUUGUUUUUUGAGUAUCAAACUUAAAAUAUAUUCA